AACAGUGAAUCCCUUUGACUUGUCGUGUACAGACUGCCCUCCAAGCCCCACUGAAACCAAAGAGGAAUCAAAUGAAAAUGUCAAAGCAACAGAAACGAAGGUUCCCCAUAUUUUUUUCUGGACUACUUUUGAUACGGUAUUGCGAGCCGUCCCACACACAGCGGUCCUGUAACCAUUUAGGAAGCGAGAUAAGGCGCCUGCAAGCGACCAGAGGGAGAAACAAAGAGGGGGCGCCAGGAAAGGCCUGGUCUUCGCCUGGUCUUUUUACUGCGGGCCCCCCACCCCUCCACCCCUCCACCCCUCCACCCCCACCGGAGCGGGAGAGCCCUGCCGGCUUUAACCACCGGGGGAGCCACGGCCCGACUCUCUCCACGGAUCAAGCGGCAUUGCGCGCCCGUAAAGGAAGCCAGCCGACACACGCAAGGGGGAAUCGACUCCGCUGCUCUCCCCAGCCGGCAGCCGGCAGCCGGCCCGCUAUUACACAGCAAAGGCGUGGAAGAUCCGGGAAGCGGCUAGCUCCGUUCAGUUUCGAGGGAGCUCUCUCGCACGCAGGGAAGAUCCACGGAAAGAACGCGCGUGAGAAAAGGAAAGCGGUCACUGCGCGCUCACCUUGCCCCUGCCGGACUCCAUGGCGCUGCGCCCCGCGCGCUCCGUCUCUCCAAAAGUCGAGCCGGCUAACCUCGCGCUCCGCCGGCCUCGCUGCUACUACUGCUGCCGCUUGUGGCUCCUACAGGACCGCUACGCCCAGGACUAGCUGGCUGGCUGUGCUCUCGGUGCUCGCCAAGGACGCUGAGAAUAACGCCGCGCUCCCUUGGGACUCUCCAAGUAGCGCGAUCGCAGCACUCCAGUUCUCCCCCGCGGGCCCGGCGCGUGGAAGCCGCUUAAGAGACGGAGUGUGUGUCAUGCAGGGCGGGCGCGGAUUGGCUGGGCUGGCCGGGAGGUGUGUCGGGGGUGUGCGGCAAGCCGGAGGAAAAAGAGGCCCCUCCCUCCUCUUGCGUGAGAAAAGGCAUGCCGGACAUGGCGAGCGAGUCGCAGAGGAAGGGAGGCGGGAGUCCGCCCACGCAGCCCCCACAGGGCUGCUCUCCGGAAGGAGAGGCUCCAUCAGAGAAAGCUCUCAUCCACAAACAGCUCCACAUGCCCACACGCUUUGUAACAUGCUCGCUCCCUUGCGGCUGGCCUGCUUUUAAGUUGCGUUUUUGUUUCCAGACUGUGCGCCGCUUCGAGCUUUUUGGAAUAUUAAGCGGUAUUAAGCAGUGUAUAAAUGCUUUUCAAUAAAUAAAUAAA